AUGUGUUUUAAGGCGCUGCAACAUUUGAACGAACGACUGAUUGAUACGCGAAGGCCGGAAGAGAUCCGUGGUGGAGGCCUGCUGAAGUAUUGCCAUUUGUUAACGCGCGGUUACAAAGCGGCCAGGCCAAACAAAUGCCGUUUACUGGAACGGUAUAUGUGUUCACGUUUUUUCAUUGACUUUCCGGAUAUCAGUAGCCAGGAAGUGAAGCUGCGCGCCUAUCUGGACAACCACUUCGGCACAGAGGAUCAGGCGAAGUAUGAUUAUCUGUUGUUGCUGUAUCGGGUUAUCAGCGAGAGUACUGUAUGCCUAAUGUCCCAUGAACGACGGCAGACACUGGCCAUGGUGGACAGGUUGGCUUAUCAGUUAUCGGUCAACAUGUAUUAUCAGCAGAGUUGUGCCGGUGGCUUUUGUGGCCAUACACCUCGCCAGACGUUGCUGUACUUGCCGCCGAAUGCUUCCUACUGGAUUCCAGUUGUUUAG